GCUCCGCCGUGUCGUCGUCCGUCGCUGCCACAUCUCUCCUCGUCCAAAGACUCCAAGCUCCUGUGUGGCUUCUGUUUCUGCUGCCGCCUCCUGGUCCACAUCUCUCUCCGCCGCCGCCGCUGCCGUCGUCGUCCGCCGACACCGUAGCGCUGGGAAGGGAUCACACGGGAGCGGCGACGCGAGGCGGGGGACCCGCGGUUUUGUCGCCCGGAUGGCGGCGGAGCGAUGACACUGGCGGCGGCGGGAGCGGCGCGGCGUUGGGAUGCGGACGAUCUGCGAUGUGUGCGAGAGCGCACCGGCGGUGCUCUUCUGUGCGGCCGACGAGGCAGCGCUCUGUCGGUCCUGCGACGAGAAGGUACACAUGUGUAACAAGCUUGCUAGUCGGCAUGUGAGAGUUGGACUUGCAGACCCUAAUAAACUUGCCCGUUGUGAUAUAUGUGAAAAUUCACCUGCUUUCUUCUACUGUGAGAUAGAUGGCACCUCACUUUGCCUGAGCUGUGAUAUGACUGUUCAUGUUGGUGGCAAACGAACCCAUGGAAGAUACCUGCUCCUAAGGCAAAGGGUUGAAUUUCCAGGAGAUAAACCAGGCCAUAUGGAUGACGUGCCUAUGGAAACCGUGCCUAUGGAAACCAAAGAUCCUGAAAACCAGAGAGACCAGAAGAAGGCGCCCAAGGAGCAAAUGGCAAACCACCAUAAUGGCGAUCACCCAGCCUGUGAUGGCAAUUGCGAUGACCAGGGCAACAUUGAUUCGAAAAUGAUCGAUCUUAAUAUGCGGCCAGUUCGUACUCAUGGGCAAGGAUCAAAUUCCCAGACUCAGGGGGUAGAUCUUAGUGUGAACAACCAUGACUCUCCAGGGGUGGUGCCAACUAGCAAUUCUGAAAGAGACGCCAGCAAGUAAACUUUGGAAGAUCAGAUGUACAUUUCAACUACAUAUACUGCUCUAUAGGAGCUCAUGGGGGGCAGAAAUGGGGUUAUUCAGUGGUCUCUCUGUUACUAUUACUAGUAAGUAUAUUUCUGGCAGAGUUGGAGCUAACGACCGCAUCUCAAUUCGGCUUGUCGUGCCCAUUGCAUUCUAGCUGCGAACUUGCGAUUGUCAGAACUCAUGUAGAAGCGCAGCUGCUGUCGCCUGUGCUUCGGAGUCGGAGUAUUGUGUGCCAUUAGAAACUGUACAAAAGAUUAAUAGACCGGUCUCUUUUUUUUUUC